AUGUUUGCAGCGCCGGAAGGACGAGAGGGAGUGACACAGUCGGUCGGUUGUUGCAAGCAGCAGCAGAACAGGCCCAGAGUCAAGUCAGGGGGCAAGACGCCGUCCAGGAGGGCGUCCGAGGCUAGUCGAGAGUAUACGAGGCCGGCGGCAGCGAGGACGGGCACGUCGAAGGCGCAGAGGCAGACGGAGAGCAGAUGCAAGAAGAAGAAGAAAAGGCAGACGGCGACGGGGAAGAAGAAAAAGAACGAGGAGGUUGUUUUUCUGGUGGUGGAACCGCAGCCAGCACUUUUUUUUUCUUUACAACACCGCAGCUCAACCUCUCUCUCUCUCUCUCUCUCUUUUGCUUCUUUGCUUCUUUGCUUCUUCUUCUUCGACUUCGACUUCGACUUCUUCCUACGGUCUAGGGCUUUUUCUUUGAUGGGCGGCAGGCAAACGGGCCUCGUUGCUUCUGCUCCCGGCGGCUCUGGCUGA